AUGGCUUCCAAGAAGGACAUGCGCCGCCCGGACCUGAUCGUCCCCUACCAGGAGCCCAGCGCCAAGGGCGAGAGCGGCGACUUCAGCUCGACGCUGUCGUCGACGCUGCCCAUGGCCGCCAUCUUCACGCGCAACCGCUACAUCGGCUGGGCCUCGGUCGUCUUCAGCGUCCAGAGCUGGCUGGGCGAGAGCGAGGAGGCCACCAAGAGCGCCGGCACCCCGGGCUACUUCACCAUCGGCAUGUCGGUAAUGGCCCUCGCCACCACCUACCUGCCCUUGUUCCUGCCGCCCCCGCCGAACGCCCGCGGCACCAGCACCGGUCCCGCCGCCCCGGCAGCCGCAUGA